CUUAUCUUCAAACAUCUCUGAAAUUCCUCAAUUAGAGACGCUUUUGUUUGUUUACGAGGUCAACUGAUAUUGUGACUUUCGUAAGUGAUUUGAUCAGGCUGCGUUCAAAAUUUGUCGUCCAAUUUGGUAAAUAUUGCCUAUUGGUCUUGAAAUUUUAUUAUUUGAUGUGUAAAUGAAAUGAACGGAAUUGAACAAAUUUAGUUGAUUUUGAUAUCUUCUAAAAUCAGUUGCUACUGUAAUUAUAAUUCGGGUAUCUAAAGUUUGGUAUAGAGAUCACAAAAUGCGCUUGUUCAUUUCAUUUGCGAUUGUCGUGGUGCUUUUAAAAAUUAGUCAAUGCGCAGAAGAACACACGUUCUACGUUGUUCUCGAUAUGGAUGGAGAUCCCUACAUUGUUGCCCGUGAACCUCAAAGUUGGGUGGCUCAGGCAACCUAUAGUAUCAAAAUUGAAGAAGAAGGCUUCGCCUAUCUGACUUUGACAUCUAACCCUGACUAUCCUGAUUCAGUGCAGGCGUAUUGCGCAGGUUACCUUGAAGGGUUUAUGACUUAUAAGCAGAUAAACCAAACAUUCAUCAACCAGAACGUCGAAAAUGUGAAGCCAACUGGAGAUGUGAAAGAUUUUAUAGUUGAUAAUUUCAAUUACGUCAAUAAAAUGAUCGAGGAAAAUUCCACUACUACCUACUGGUAUCAAAUCAGCCUGCUGGUUUACCAAAUCAAAGGAAUGGAGGAUGGGUAUUUGGGUUUGCCUGCCAAGGUAUCCCGAACCAUAGACCCAAUUGGUCUGUUCUGGAUCUACAACUGGCUUUGGACCGAACUGACAGACAUCCAAUUGAAGUAUGCCAGGGGAACAUCGACAUUGGGAUCCGGAUCAUGCAGUGCCAUGAUCAGAUACACAGGCGAUGAUCUGAUUGCAUCUCACGUGACCUGGACAGAAUACAGUUCAAUGCUCAGAACGAUGAAAAAGUACAACCUGAAGUUUAAGAAGAACCCCACGAGCAAUGAUACGAUCCCUGGCUUCGAGAUUCUAGAAAGUUCCUACCCGGGAAUAGUACACUCCGUAGACGACUAUUAUGUCACAAGCGAAAAGCUCGUCGUUAUCGAGACUACAAAUUCGAUUCAAAAUGACACUCUCUACGACUACAUCGUGCCAAAUGGAGCCGUUCCCUACUUCCUACGAGUGGCAUUGGCUAAUCGUCUCAGUGAGUCGGGACUCGACUGGACUAACUAUUUCGCGAUGUACAACUCGGGAACCUAUAACAAUCAAUGGAUGGUGGUAGAUUAUAAAAAGUUCACGCCUCAUACGCCAAUUGGGCCUGGAACCCUUUACAUUCUGGAACAAAUGCCGGGUUUCGUUGUUACCAAAGACAUGUCGGAAUCUUUGGAGACCGGCUUGAAUGCUUGGGUUAGCUACAAUAUUCCGGCUUUCCCUGAAGUCCAAGAAAAGAACAAUUACAGUACAUACAUCAAUACGUACGGACCGUUUUUCUCUCAUGAUCACUCUCCUCGAGCCAAUAUUUUCAGACGAGGAUUAUCAAAUGUAACUGAUUUGAACUCAGCUAUGUCUCUAAUGCGGUACAACGACUACCAGAACGAUCCGUACGCGAAGGCAAACUGCACGCCGUUGGCUUACAGUGCAGAGAACGGCAUUAGUGCAAGAUGUGAGUUGAAUCCGACAAAUCAGGUUUGCGCGAUUGCAGCUGAAGCGGCGAGAUGUCACGGAGCAACUGAUUUGAAAAUUGUCGGUAUGAGUUUGGUAAAUUCGAUGCAGAUGAUUGCUAUCAGUGGACCAACUUACGAGCAACAGGAGCCAUUUGAUUGGUCUAAACAGAAAGACACUGCAUGUGAUGGAAUUUUGCAUGAAGGUCAUCCGACGAAGUUUGCUUUCGAACCAGUACUCGUUGAUCUGUGAAGACGCAUAAAUCAAAACUUUACUAUGUUUACUAAAUUUACAGAAAAAUUAGCUACUGUAUCAUAUAGAUAGAUCACAUAUUUCUUGAA